GGCGAAGACAGAGGGCAACGGGUGGUGGAGGGAGCCGUUAAAGACUGCACUGUACGAAUCUUUUAUCGGAAUAUUUUCAACCUCCAAGUGGGUUUGGAAAAGUCGGGGAGACUUGACACACAGGUGACCGAGUUCAAAGUCGAAAGCCCUCUGGACAGACGAGAGAAAAGAGCUUCUCUGAGGAACCUUUUUCGGGUUUUCGGAAGUGAGGGGAGGGGGCGAAAAUUAUUUUUCUCCUUCUCGUUGGUUGUACCGGAGACACAGAAGACGCUGCUGUCGUCAUUGUUGAGUGUGGCGUACGUUUAAAAGACUGCGAUGCACCGCUUAAGGACUUGUGCGGCAAAGCUGCGGCCAAUCACGGCCUCUCAGACUGCUAAGAACCUAUCACAGCAGAGGUCAUUGGCCACUCCCAGGACGUUUCAGCCAUUCAGGUGCUACACAGCACCUGUGGCUGCUGAGCCGUUUCUCAAUGGGACGAGCUCUAACUAUGUGGAGGAAAUGUACUAUGCAUGGUUGGAGAAUCCCAAGAGUGUACACAAGUCUUGGGACAUUUUUUUCAGAAACGCUAACGCAGGUGCCCCGCCAGGCACAGCCUACCAGAGCCCCCCUCCCCUGGGGGUCAGCCUGCCUAUUCUCAGCCAGGCCCAGUCUCUGGUCGGGGCUCAGCCCAACGUGGAGAAGCUGGUGGAGGACCAUCUGGCUGUGCAGUCCCUCAUCCGUGCCUACCAGAUCCGGGGGCACCAUGUCGCCCAGUUGGACCCUCUGGGAAUUAUGGACGCCGACCUGGACUCAUGCGUUCCUACUGAUAUUAUUACGUCAUCGGAUAAACUCGACCUCUCAAAGUACAAGGAGCGUCUGAGUGUUCUAACAGUUGGAGAAUCUGACUUCCAUCUUACCGAAAUAUCUCAGUCACAAAAUUGGCAGACUGGUUUCUAUGGGCUGGAUGAGUCUGAUCUGGACAAGGUGUUCCGUCUGCCUACCACCACCUUCAUCGGGGGGAGUGAGAGCGCUCUGCCCCUCCGCGAGAUCAUCCGACGCCUGGAGAUGGCUUACUGCCAGCACAUAGGUGUGGAGUUCAUGUUCAUUAAUGACCUGGAGCAGUGUCAGUGGAUCAGACAGAAGUUUGAGAGACCUGGAGUCAUGCAGUUCACCCUGGAGGAGAAGAGGACCCUGCUGGCCCGCAUGGUCCGCUCCACCAGGUUUGAGGAGUUUCUUCAGAGGAAGUGGUCAUCUGAGAAACGCUUUGGACUGGAGGGUUGUGAAUCUCUGAUCCCAGCGCUGAAAACCAUCAUCGAUAAAUCGAGUGAGAACGGGGUGGAGAACGUCAUUAUGGGCAUGCCCCACAGAGGACGACUGAAUGUGUUGGCCAACGUGAUCCGUAAGGAACUGGAGCAGAUCUUCUGCCAGUUUGACUCCAAGCUGGAGGCUGCUGAUGAGGGCUCAGGAGACGUGAAGUACCACUUGGGCAUGUACCACAGGAGGAUUAACCGUGUGACGGACAGGAACAUUACCCUGUCACUGGUGGCCAACCCCUCCCAUCUGGAGGCGGUGAACCCCGUAGUGCAGGGCAAGACCAAAGCAGAGCAGUUCUACUGCGGAGACACUGACGGCAACCGGGUGAUGUCCAUCCUUCUCCAUGGUGACGCUGCGUUUGCCGGGCAGGGCAUCGUCUACGAAACCUUCCAUCUCAGCGACCUGCCCUCUUACACCACUCAUGGCACCGUGCAUGUGGUCGUUAACAACCAGAUUGGCUUUACCACAGACCCCCGUAUGGCCCGAUCCUCUCCGUAUCCCACCGAUGUGGCGCGGGUGGUCAACGCUCCCAUCUUCCACGUCAACGCCGACGACCCCGAGGCCGUCAUGUACGUGUGUAACGUCGCCGCAGAGUGGAGAGCCACCUUCCAUAAGGACGUGGUGGUCGACCUGGUGUGUUACAGGCGUAAUGGUCAUAACGAGAUGGAUGAGCCCAUGUUCACUCAGCCGCUGAUGUAUAAACAGAUAAAGAAACAGAAAGGCGUCCUGCAGAAAUACGCCGAGAAGCUCAUUGCCGAGGGAGCCGUCACCAGACAGGAAUACGAGGAGGAGAUAGCGAAGUAUGAUAAGAUUUGUGAGGAAGCUCAUGCUCGCUCAAAAGACGAGAAAAUCCUCCACAUCAAGCACUGGCUGGAUUCCCCCUGGCCCGGUUUUUUCACUCUGGAUGGUCAGCCCAAGAGCAUGAGUUGUCCGUCCACAGGUCUGAGUGAGGAGGAGCUGUCACACAUUGGUCAGAUUGCAUCAUCUGUUCCUGUGGAGGAUUUCACCAUUCACGGGGGUCUGAGUCGUAUUCUGAAGGGCCGUGGUGAGAUGAUCCGGAACAGGACGGUGGACUGGGCGCUGGGAGAGUACAUGGCCUUCGGCUCCCUGCUGAAAGAGGGCAUUCACGUCCGUCUCAGCGGUCAGGACGUCGAGAGAGGCACCUUCAGUCACCGUCACCAUGUCCUUCAUGACCAGAACGUGGACAAGAGGAUCUGCAUCCCAAUGAACCAUGUGUCUCCAAACCAGGCACCCUACACCGUCUGUAAUAGCUCCCUGUCUGAGUAUGGAGUCCUGGGCUUUGAGUUGGGUUUUGCUAUGGCCAGCCCCAAUGCUCUGGUUCUGUGGGAGGCCCAGUUUGGAGACUUCCACAACACGGCUCAGUGCAUCAUCGACCAGUUUAUCUGCCCAGGCCAGGCCAAAUGGGUCCGCCAGAACGGCAUCGUCCUCCUGCUGCCUCACGGCAUGGAGGGCAUGGGACCAGAGCACUCCUCUGCCCGUCCUGAGCGGUUCCUGCAGAUGUGUAACGAUGACCCAGACGUUUUCCCGAAAAUCACUGAGGACUUUGCGGUGCGACAGCUGUACGACUGUAACUGGAUUGUGGUGAACUGCUCCACACCCGCCAACUACUUUCACGUGCUGAGGAGGCAGAUCCUGCUGCCCUUCAGGAAACCUCUUAUUGUGUUCACUCCCAAGUCUCUCUUGCGCCACCCGGAGGCCAAGUCCAACUUUGACCUGAUGUUGCCCGGUACUCACUUCCAGCGUUUGAUCCCUGAGGAGGGUGUUGCGACCCAGAACCCGGCUGAAGUCAAACGUAUCAUAUUCUGCACAGGAAAGGUUUACUAUGAGCUCACUCGCGAACGCAAGCAACGCGACAUGGAGAACACAGUCGCCAUUGCCCGCAUCGAGCAGCUGUCUCCGUUCCCCUUUGACCUGGUGAAGGCCGAGACGGAGAAGUACCCUAACGCUGAGCUGGUGUGGUGUCAGGAGGAGCAAAAGAACCAGGGUUACUACGAUUACGUCAAACCUCGCAUGCGCACCACCAUCGACCGCACAAAACCCGUCUGGUAUGCCGGUCGUGACCCGGCUGCCGCCCCAGCCACUGGGAACAAGAACACUCACCUUAUGGAGCUGAAGCGUUUUCUGGACGCUGCCUUCAACCUGGACGCUUUUAAGGAGCACGCUUAAGACAUCCCGUUCUCCUCCCCGCCCCCCCCCCCCAAAAAAAACCAUCAGCAUCACCAUCUCUCAUCAAACACACUCGCACACAGAACAACCACACGACUCCCCUCCGUCCUCCACACAUUCAACACACGCUGGCUUUUACCCCUCUGGACUCACUCC